CAUGUAUAUGAUGCACUGCAUAUACACAUGUACCACAGCUCCCCAAAGCAGCAACCAGGCUUCCAAGGGACCAGGCACCCCCCUUUUUCCUACAGACGCCUGCCGGGUCGGCCGUGGAUGGCUGCCGUCAUGGAGUCUAUGGCCUGUGUGUCCGCCCAGUGGCAUUUCGCAACUCGGUCGGCUAGACUCGAUGCCCAGCCAAAGCAGACCGGCGCGCCUACACACAUACGUAUGAGGCAGGAUUCCAUCCAACCCUUCCCUUGACCCCUCUCCUCGCCGACUUUGCAUCCUCAUCGUCCUCGCCUCGGCUCGCAGAAACACGCUGGUUUGGAAAGGGGAUGGGGUGAGAAACAGAUCUGCAAAUUACACUUGAUCCUUGAACCCUUUUUUCCAAACACAACGCCGUUGGUUGGUUAGUCCAGCAAGCUUAAACAGUAGGUAUUUUUGCUUCUGGAACUAGAAUCGGCCCGUCUGAUUCUACUUACCUUGCCUACAAUAUGUUGCAAUUCACUGCCAUGUUCGCGCUUCUCCCUCGGGCGCGACGCAGCAAUCUCGUGUCCAUAACCGCCAAUCAACCGUGGGGUAAUCCCAGAAGAAAUUCCAAGACAUAGAAAGAGUAGAGAUAAAAAAAAAAAGUCCUUGGCCCGAACCGAAGCGAACCGAAGUAGCCGAGCCCACCUUUGUCCAAUGUAUGAUAUGUGUACUAUACUGUACUGUACAGAUUGUAUGCUUGUUUGAGGUGACGCAAGGUUCAAUAUGUAUGUACCUAAGAUUUUCGCUCUGGGUAUCGAUGCAUAUGACGGUUUGAGGGGCGAGUUGAUGCAUAGGUACCCAUUUGUAUCCACCUUCAUGUAGUCAGAAAGCAUCAUCGUUCAUCAUCAUCAUCAGUUCAUUUCAUCAGCGUCAGCUUGAUCCGAAAAAAUCGUCCGUUUUAUAACUAGGUACAUAUUUGGGUAAUAGUGGUGAGCACACCUGUGAUCGUCAUCCUCACCUUACUGUGAAAAAGUCCCACCGUCAGUCAAUCAAUUAAUCAAUCAAUCAUUGCGACCGAGGCAGCGAAACCCACACAGGUAAAAGAUGCUGGAACCACAAAAGAAGAACAGUCAAAGCAGGAAUAUCUCGUAUCUAAACAGAACCCAUCUCUCCAAACCAACAUACCCCUCCACAAGAAAGAAAGAAACAUCAAAUCAGUUACGUCUGACACGCAUUACCACCCCCCUUUCCUUCCCUCACCAAAACCCCCUCCCCAAAUUAACCCAAAGCCGCGGUUAGAAACUCGUGUCGCCCAUCUCAAUCCAUCUUCCCGGAUCGUCGGGGCCGCGGAGCAAGGCACAGUAAGAAUGUAUGCACGUCGCCGACCGAUCCCCUUCCACCUUGCCUACCUACCUACCUCCGUCCGUAGGAUCACCAUUCAAUUAAUUAUCAUGGAACCGAACCACACCCCCCUAACAGUGUCCGACACCGACCCCGCCGCACACAUGCAUUGCAGACGCUGCUUUGGGAGACAUGCAUGCAUGCGUUACGCCGCUAUG